GGCUCUCGGUCCCUUGCUGAGCCUGCUGACCCAGGUAGCCCUUUGGGGAAUGAUUGACAGCCACUCUUCCUGAGAGGGACACUCAGCCCUGGAACAAGUCUUGCCAGUGAAGGGAGAGACUUCAACUCUGCACGCACCCUUACCGGAACGCCGUUAGGGUUGCGGUACGCAUGACUCAGCUGAGACCUUUGCAGGCAUGUCUGUCAUGGCUAACCAGCUGUUGCCUCUGUCUGAGGAGUCACUAGUCCAGUUUAACCUGGCCAUGGAGCACGGUGCGUGCAGUCCACCGAGACGCCGGCUUGGUUCUGUCUCCACCCGCCACAGCUCGCUGGAGCAGACACACGAACCUCUCCGACCCAUGGUUCUGCCCCACUGGGGCCCUGGAGGCGAGGCCGCCUCCUGCAGGCGUGCCUCUGUCUCCACAGGUAAGCGCCAGUCUCUGGGCGGAGCCUCGCAGGGAGGCAGGGUUAGUUUCUCCCACCUGCAGCUCUACCCACCCACCCCGGAUGUCCACGUGGGGAACACCUACCGGAUCAGGCCGGCGCCAGGAAACCGCUUCAGUGUUGGCAGGACCCUGCGGGUCAUGCAGGCCACCCUGCAAGUGUCCUACAGCCCUGCAAACGACGGGCACCUCAGCCAGAUGCUGGCAGACCUGGUGCGGGCCCAGCUGAAGGACACUGGCCCGCCCCGCUACAAGCUUGUCUGCCAGGUGGUGGUGAGCCAGCAUGGGACCCAGAGCAUGAGCUUGGCAAGCCGAGGCUUGUUAACUCCAGAAAUGGACAAUCAUGCCACCGCUGUCUUUCAGAACCACUCACUUUUCUGUGUGGCAGUAGUGUAUGGCAUCUACUAUGAAUAAACUGGGUUCCUCUCUAAUAAAUCUUUAAUCUUCAGUGA